UUCGAAUGUGCGAUACAUUUGCUAAUCCCAGUGUCGUUAGUCGCAAUCAAGUCAUUCAGUUCAUUACCGCAGUUGCGUCUGCGCAGCCCAGCUUCAGACAUGUCGCCGACUAUCACAUUAAUUUUCACAGUGCUCGUGCUAUACGCGUCCGUGGACGCUAUGGCACAUCACUCACACGACAAGAGCGAGAGACGAGAGAAGCAGGAGAAGCAUCCAACUUGCCAGGAGUUCACACAGGGCCUCUCCUUCAACGACAGCAGUGCCAUCGGCUCCUGGCACCUCCUGCAUUUGAGGAUGGAGAAGUCCAGUGGAGGCGUUGACACUCAUUGUGUUAGCUUCACUGCUGUUAAUGAUCAGGAACGCAAUGAUUUAAAAGAACUGAUUGGGAAAUUCGUGGAGAACCUGAAAUGGGAGAACCUUGUGCUGAAGAUGCAGAUUCCGUGCGCAAGUCCUGGCUUCAACAAAAGCCGCGACUAUUAUUUGGAGAAACUUGAAGGUGACGGAUCAUACAGGACUCUGCAAAUGCCUCCUCCUACAGCAAAACUCGAUCUAGCAGACUUCCACCGCUAUCCGAUGAGAUUGAAGGUCAUUGAAGGACAGUAUCUUGGCAUGAUGGACUGCCACGAGAAGUUCGUGUUCAUCCUCGGCCCACAGCCACCUGAAGGCAAGGAGAUUGACGAGAAACUCAAGAAGAUGAUAGAUUUCUACUGGCCAGAAGAAUCGGCCUAAAGAAACACCUUCGAAGUGAUAUUUUUAUUCAUUUAUCUUUACUUUUUUAUAUUUAUGUGAAUAAAAUAAAAACAAAAGUGCUGUAAUACGAGUAUGUAUCCGAAAACGUCAAUAAAAGGGAUCAUUUGUGAAUAAA